CUAGAAUAGGAAGAAAGGAGAAGGAGGGAUCACAGCAGUUUCGUCCAGGAAGGUGUCAAACAUUAACACAAAGUCACCCGACCAGUCCGGAGUGCAGAUUCAAUCGGUCAUUACAAUAGACAUGACAUCCUGCUCCAGCCUCCUCUUCUUGUUUCCUUCAUAGAAGACUAUAGGGACUCACUAAGGAAGGGACAUCAUGGCUGUCAGCUCCUGGGAUCGCUGCAGGGUCAGGGAGAGGAUACAAGCCGCACUGGCCGGACUACAGGAACUCCGCACAUUACAGGAGACACAGGAGAGGAGGGUGGCCGCAGUGCUGCACCUACCGCACACUCCACUACAGGGCCAUACGUCUCACUUGAGUAAUCGCCUUGAUCAGCAAAUAAGUGCACGCAAACUAGAUGGAGAUAAAUCAUCAACAGAACAUCUGGAAAGUGAUAGCAGGCCAAGCUCAGGUUUUUAUGAUCUGAGUGAUUUGAGCUCCUGUUCUAUAUCCAAUUCUUGCACAUCUGUAUAUAGUGAAAUUUUGCCAUCAGCCUGCAAGGGUGUAAAGCUUUGUUCUCAAAAAUGUGGAAACAAUUUCAAAAUCUCCCGACCAAGAUCAACAGAUGAAAAAUCUUCGCCUGAUGUUUCUACCAGAGAUACCCAUGAGAAAAGAACAAAUUCUGGUCCCUCAAAUAUCCAAGGGAAAGGGAGCCAAAGACCUGUCUCAACUGGAGACCUUGAAAGAUUCAUACAAAUGUACCAUGGAUUUCAAAUCAAUAGUGACCAUAAAAGCAAGUCAACAUUUGACAUUCAAGAUGAUAUAAACUUUCAAUGCAUGGAUCCAAAGUAUCAGACUGACCUUGUUUCCAAAAACAGAAAUGAAGUCUACACAUAUCCAAGUCCUCUCCAUGCUGUUGCUUUACAGAGUCCUUUAUUUCCACUGUCUAAGGGAUCACAAAAGUAUUCUACAGAGAACAACAACUCUAGAAAUAUGUUUGAGCUGUCACCAGGACCUGGUCCGUCUGCAGAAAUGGAACCAAAAGGCAAUGAAAACAAAUUGCUGGAAGUAACAAGGUGCCAAGAAACUGAGAAACUUCAAUUUAUUCAAGAAACCACCAAAAGGGCUCUACCAGCUCUACCACACAAGGAACUUAUCUCACAGCGCUGCCUUACCUGCAUAAAUAAUAGCAUCUUCCAAAGACAAAAUAAGGUUUCUUCAAUAGAAGGGGACAUGAAAGAGCAGGAACACACCAGGGAAAUAGAACUGAAGUCAAAUGAAGAUGCCAAACAAAACCCUAUUAUUAGUGAGAAUCCGAAAAUCACCCUCCCAGUUCCUUCAGAAAAUCCAUCCCUCUCCACUAGUCAUCUAAGUACAAUAUAUGAGAACAAUUUAAUAAGCUUAACUCAUUUUGCAAAGAAAGUAUUGCAAGCUUCUGAUCAAACGAUAUCACAUACAUCACCCAAAGUGCACAGCCCUCAAAAAGGAGUAUGUGCAACAAAGAAUUUUGAACAAUGUGAGUUUGUUCAAGCUAAGUUCAUUCCUGCAGAAUCCCGCCAAGUUAAAAUAACAGUUUCUACUUCUAAAAAUAUAUUAAUAAAUGGAAAAAGAAGAAACAGUGAAAAAACAUCAAGCCCUGUACAUAUAGUAGAACAGCCAAAACUAAAGGCAUGCAUAAGGUUAAAAGAUGAUUGUACUGAGCAUUGUAAAUCAAAGGUGGGCAGAAAACGAUCCAUAAAAAGACCAACUUUUCUUGUUGCUGCAGCGCAAAGGUCCUAUUCAAAAGACAAUUUAUAUCCUAAACAGUGUAGAAAUUCAUCAUUUAUAUCCAUAUCUCAGGCUGAUGUUUCCUCAAGUACUUUAUAUUCCCCCAGGAUAAUGGAGGAUCAGAACCACAUGGUACACAGUUGGCAGUCAGCAGUAGAUAUUUCUGAUAAAAAACAUAAUUGUAAUUUUUACAAAAGUCCUCAAACUGUCUGGGUCCAAAACAGGAAACCAAUGAAAAAGGCUGGGGCUUACAGGUACAUAGACUUAAAUGAUCAAAGUGAGUCUGAAUAUUCAGGAGAGUGUGCCUCUCUUUUCCAUUCCACGGUUAUAGACACAGGCGAUGAGGUAUCCAGCGAGUACACCGCCAAUCGAUUUGGAGACUUAGGAUCCAGUGAUAGUGACUCAAUGAUUACUACUAGUGAUAGUAGCCUUUCCUUGAAAUGUGAGAGCCUGAAUGUGAUUGAACUGAAGUGGGCUGGUAAUACCUCUAAAGCACCAGCAGCUCCCAAAUUGAACAGGCAUUCACAGCCAGAACCUAUGAUUUGUCGCAUCAAAGCUUCACAAGCAUUAAAGAAAAAAAUCAGGAGGUUUCAUCCAGCAUCUUUAAAAAUUAUUACUAUGAUGUGAAAAUGUUUGCUAAACUUUUCUUCAAGUACCCAAAACAAAGCUCGCUUUCUACCUGACUACAAACUUCAGAUUUGUAUUCCUGUUUUUUAUUACCUUCUGGUUGCAUUACAGGGGUUUUUCUAUUUUUUACUAUUCGUUCCAAUAAAAGAUAUGAUUAAAUAUUGCACAAA